GCAGUAGUAUGUGAUUGGAUUCUCUUGAAUUCUUUUGUUUCAGAUGCUGCAGGCGACCAUAAGAACGCGACAUGCACGGUAGAUCCAUUAUCAGUAGCAGCUGAAAAAGAAAAUCCAAUGUGUGGUCAGGAUACUAUCUACCACAUCCCACCCUUCUUCACAUUCCCUUCGACUGAAAACAGACACUAUGAGUAUGCUCGUCCAUGAUCUCGGGCUGUUGCGGAGGGCAUGCGACCGCUGUCACGGUCAGAAGCUACGAUGUCGCCGCGAGAACAAUAGUGAGCCCUGUGUCCGUUGUCAGAGAGCAGGAGUCCAGUGUGCCCCAAGGCCUGUGAGAUCCAGACAUCGCCCACGGGCGCACACAACGCAGCAGUCGGCAGGCAUCUCGAAUGCCACCUCGACACAAUCCAUAGUAAACGCACCGGAGCAGACGAACAAAGACGAGUCGGAGCAUUUCCAUCUCUCUCCCUCGAGCUUGCUAGACUUUCCCGCGGACUUGGAUCUCGGACUGGACUUUGCGUCGCCGCAGUCGGAAAUGGGCAAUCCCCUGGAAGCGCGCGAUUUGCAGUCCAGCAUGGAUCUAGGACCUAUUCAGAAUCAUCCGCCGAGCCAACCCUUCCCUCUGGAGCUACGGAGUGGUAUGGGUGGGCGAUUCGAACCGGAACAGCAGAAUGAAGUCCACGCCGCACCACAAAGCUCUUAUAUCCAACCCUCCGCCGCAUCCGCAGUGCUGCCCUGCUCCAGACCAGCGACCACACACUCCCAACAUCGCUUGUCCCUAACCAGAACCGUGGCUCCUAAACACAUCACCAUCAACGGCUCGUCCCAGGAACUGAACGACCUGAUGGACUUCGACCACGAGGGCGGGACGGCAUUGAACACCGGCAGUGAAGACACCACCGCGGACUCUGGGUACGGGCACUCCGUCUCGAGUCGACCACAUUCCAACAGCAGUGGCACUCAGAGCUCAUAUCCGCCACACACGUCAAAAUCGGCAGGCGACAUGACCUCGUGGGUUCGUAAACUGUCCGACAUAAACGUGGAGCUACAUCAGCACAUGCUAGCCAUUCCGUCGGUGGAUGUAGAGCACAGCCCGUGGACCAACUGCAAGACGAGCAACGAUCCAAGUUUCCCGCACGAACUGGCCGUAGAUCGCACCUUCAAGCUCUCCCACCAGUAUACGGAAACCCUCAACGACAUCUUCUCGCAAUGCAAGACCCGCCAGACCCAGACCGGAUCGCCCCCCGCGGCGAGAGGAGCGCUGGCACUAGACCAGCCGUCCCAGCUGCUGGUUCUCUCCAGCUAUCUGUGUCUCGUCGAGGCGUAUGACAAGAUCCUGCAGCACAUCAAAGCAUGGACAGAGGUGCGAUUGACGCUGGGGGGUGCGACGGCGGGAGAGCAUUUCUUCCCCGUUCAGCUACCUCGGCUCGCUAUCGGCUGCUUUCAGUUACCGGCGUCGUCCUCGACGAGACCCCUCGUCUUGAUCUGCAUUAUCGAGGCCACGAUGACGCAGAUCCAUGACCAGAUGAAUGAGAUGAUGAGACCGGCCCGGACGAUCGGCGAGCAGGGCAUCCUAGGCGGGGACGGGCUAAGCGGCGUCGCCAAAGUCACGGUCCAGGCAAUACGGACGAAGGAGGAUUCCACGAUGAAGCUCCUCCACGUGGUGUGGCGACUGGCGCUGCGGUCUGGGGAUGAUAGGAAACUUGGUGCUGGCGCAGAUUAGGCUAGGUAUUUGAAGUGGAAGAGAUCU